AUGGCGGAAGCAGACAUCGACCACCACAACUCACCCGAGCACGAGGACCAAAUCAAUGACAGUAAUACGAAAAAGAAGCACCGCAAGAGAAAAAGAUCUCGUAAAUUGGCACAGGAAGUUGAAAGAGAACAAGAGAAUAACGAAACCGCGGAAUCUGAAGAGGAGAAGGAUGAUGAACAUCAACAAGAAGAAGAACACGGUGAUGGCGUCGAUGAAGAAGAGAAUAAACCGGAGAACACCGUAUCGUCUGGAAUUAUGAGCACCGAGACAUUUUCUUCAUUAGGUUUAUCUCAACCUACUUCUAAGUCUAUUACUGAUAUGACUUUCACCCGAAUGACUCAGAUUCAAGCGAAAGCUAUUCCACCACUAUUGAUGGGAAAAGAUGUUCUUGGUGCUGCAAGGACAGGUGCUGGAAAAACACUUGCAUUUUUAGUUCCAGCUGUCGAAUUGUUGUACAACGUUCAGUUCACACCUCGUAAUGGAACUGGUGUUGUUGUUAUUUGUCCAACUAGAGAGCUUGCCAUUCAGACACAUGCUGUGGCAAAGGAACUACUCAAGUAUCAUUCGCAAACACUUGGAUUGGUUAUUGGGGGUUCCGCUAGAAAGGGAGAAGCUGAGCGCAUUGUUAAAGGGGUAAAUCUGUUGGUUGCAACACCUGGCCGUCUUCUUGACCACCUUCAGAAUACAAAAGGAUUCAUAUAUAAAAACUUGAUGUGUCUCAUUGUUGAUGAAGCAGACAGGAUAUUGGAAGCAAACUUUGAGGAAGAGAUGAAGCAGAUCAUUAAUAUACUUCCAAAGAAAAGACAAACAGCUUUGUUUUCAGCCACACAAACAAAGAAGGUUGAAGAUCUUGCCCGCUUGUCUUUUCAGACACCUCCUGUCUAUGUUGAUGUAGAUGAUGGGAGAAAAAAGGUCACAGUGGAAGGAUUGGAACAGGGCUAUGUUGUUGUUCCCUGUGCCCAGCGUUUUGUUGCUCUAUAUACAUUCUUGAGGAGAUUUCAAUUAAAAAAAGUGAUGCAUGCCCGAACAACUACCUUCUUCAACUUCUGCAAAGCAGAAAAGGGGAUCUUGCUCUGUACUGAUGUUGCUGCUCGUGGACUCGACAUACCUGAUGUGGACUGGAUUGUGCAGUAUGAUCCACCAGAUGAACCAAAGGAAUAUAUCCACAGAGUUGGUAGAACUGCUCGUGGAGAAGGUGGAAAAGGAAAUGCUCUACUUUUCCUGAUUCCUGAAGAAUUGCAAUUUCUUCGCUAUUUGAAGGCAGCAAAGAUUCCUGUGAAAGAGUAUGACUUUAAUGAUAAAAAGCUUGCAAAUGUACAAUCGACACUGGAGAAGAUGGUGGGCACCAUUUAUCAUUUGAACACUAUGGCUAAAGACGCAUAUAGGUCAUAUAUAUUAGCAUAUAAUGCACAUUCUAUGAAGGAAAUAUUCAAUGUUCACCGCCUUGAUUUACAGGCUGUUGCUACUUCAUUCAGUUUUACAAACCCACCGAAGAUAAAUCUGAACAUAGAUAGCAAUGCUUCAAAGCAUAGGAAGAAAAUUCAAAAAGUGGAAGGAAGAAGACGUUGA